AUGUCCGAUUUUGAAGGAAUAACAAGAAGACCGUUGACCAUUCCUUUGGAUUUUGUGCCUUAUAUGGAAAAAUACAGAUUAUAUGAAUUCUUUUACGAAUUAGUAACGCAGUUACUUAUCCAGCAACCAGAAGAUCCUGUGGUGUUUAUGAAACAAUGUAUUCAACAUGCCUUACGAAAACGAGAUAUUCCCAGAGUUAUACUUAUAGCUCCUCCAAGCUUCGACAGAAUGGCUCUCGCGAAUGUUCUUCAGGAAGAAAUAGGUGUUCGUCCUAUCACUUUAGAAGAUCUUUGCGCCUCAUCAUCCACCGAAAAAAUGUCUCAAUGCUUCAACGGCGAUGAGAUCGUAAUGAGAUUGAAGGAAACUUUGAUGUCGGGGAUACUUCACGAGACCGGAUGGGCGUUAGUCGACAUACCGAGAAGCAAAAAAGAAGCACGGGCGUUGCAACGCGUCGGUGUGAUACCAACUCAUGUCAUACAAAUCGUAUUACCGAAAACUGAAGAUGAGAAAAAAAAGGCUGGCAAGUGUGACCAAACUCCUCACAAAUCACGCUUGUUGUUGAAGAAUAAGGAACAACUCGAAUAUGAGAGAAUUCUUCGAGGUCUACGUGAAGCUUACGCCGAUCUUUUAAUUGAAGUGCAGGCUGGUAAUAGAACGAUUCGAGAAUUGGCUAUGGAUUGUGUGCAACGGACGAAAAUUAGAAAACACUACGGUGCACCAUCGCUCUUUCGCAUCGUUCUCAUAGGUCCUCGAGGUUCAGGUUGUCGCUCCUUAGCGAAGCAUAUAUCUGCGAAAUUUAAUCUUGUGCACGUCGACUUUAAUUAUAUCCUGAAGCAGACGUGUUUGCGAGAGUCGGCUCUAGAUGAAAUUCUGCGAAUAUGCGACCAUAAAUGCGGACCAAUACCAAAGAUAAAAAUACAAAUCAUCGAGAAAUACGUACUUGGAUCCGAAUGUCUCAAGAGAGGAUGGAUUUUGACUGGCUAUCCUAUAACUGUAGAGGACUUCAAGUUGUUAGAUAUGAUUCCUACACCUCCUAACAGGAUACUCGUUCUCGAUGUGGACUCUGAAACGUGCAGACUGAGACUCCUAAAUCGCCGAUACAACGUCGUUACCGGGAGUGAGCAUGAUCUCAUCUCGAGUGAUUUUUCGCCAAUGGUUAUGGGCUUCAAAUUAAAUGUUCAUCCGAAAGAUCGUGAAGAGGUUGUCGAGCGAGAUCUUCGAGAAUACGAGGAGAAUAUAGAAUCUAUAAUGAAAUAUGCGGGAGAGACGGCGACAAUAAUAAACGCGAAGUGUGGGAAAAAACUUGUAAGGGAAAAAGCAGAAGCCUGUCUGAUGCAACCGGCACCAAUCGCGAAACCCAGAAUUCCAAAGCCACCCCCUACGAUAGAUCCAACGGAUGUGGAAUUUGAUCCUGACGAUGAACCCGAUUCAAGUGUUUUCGAUCAUAUUCGCGCACCAGAGCCUAAAUAUUCUUUCAUUUAA